AUGUUAAAACCAAAGGCAUUGAGUGACGUUUUAGCUCAAGUGACAAGCGGUGGUAUUCAAAGUACAGUACUUUUGACACGUGACGGUGCUUUACUAGCUUAUUCUGGAUUUGACGGGGGAAAAGAUGCAAAAAUUAUUGCUGCCAUGGCAAGUAGUAUGUGGGCAGCCCAUCAACGUACGCGUGUAACAUCAACAAUUCGAAAUAGUGUUGGUGCCGGCGAUCUUAAUAUGAUUUUGCUUGAUUCUGAAGAAGGAAAACUAGCUAUUUCUGCUGUUGCCAAUCAACUUUUAUGCAUGGUUUCAAAAUCUAAUGUUGAAUUAGGAAUGUUGAAAGCUAAGUUACGCUCUAAUCGUUUACAAUUUCGAAAUGAUAUUACAUUUAUCGGGAUACGUUUAAAAUCGAAGAAUAAAAUUGUUGAAUUAGAUUAUAUACUUGAUGCUGGAUUUAAAUUUCACUGUAAAAGAAUCCGUCAUUCAGUAAUCACAAAAAAAUUUAUCAUCAGUGGAAGAUGAAAAGAAUGACAAAAAAGCGUUAAUCUUUUAUUGACUCUUUAACAAGUGUGACAAUUGGCAAAUGGCAUAAAAUAUUUUUUUCCUAUUGCUUUAUUAAUACAAAACGAUUUAUAUCUAUCUCUAUUAAAUAUCUUAUUUCAUUCACGUGCAGAUUUUGACUCUACAUUAAUUAUUAUCGUAAAAAGAAUCAUCAUAUUAUCAACAUGUUUCAAUAAAAUAGCAACGUAUGAUGUUAGUGAUGAUGAAAACAAUGUUGAACCAUCAAUCAAAAUGAGUACAAGAACAGAGACAGAUGAAUAAAACACAUAUGAUACAACUCAAGUAUUAAUAGAUUGGCGGUCUGAAGCAUUAUAUGUAAGAGAAAAAAAGAUGUGUCCAUACAACUAUUUAGAACAUAUGCGAAACGAGAAAAAAUGGUAGAACAAUUAGCAGUACAUAAAUUAAGAAAAAAAUGGUGUGAACAAUAUUUAGACUGUAACAAUAAUUCAGUAAAAAGAAAAUUGAUAAUAAUGAAAAAUUAUUUCAAACUAUACUUGAAUAAAAAAAUUCGAAACAAGAUCAUUCACUAAAAUGUCAAGCACAAAUGAAUUUGAACAAGCACAAAUAAUUGAAAAGUCAGCCGAUGAAAAUACGAGAAAAGCUGAAAGAAAACUGAAAUACCAGAAAAGACCAGCUCCAGCAAGAAAUGAAAUAAAUAUGUCGAACGUAUCUAGAAAAAGUAACGAAAAUUCUUUUUUGUAUUUAUCCAAUAGUUUAGUUCUUGUCUUCUUCAAUUUAAAGCAUACUAAUAUCAAAAAAAUCAAUUGAUUCCUUUCAGCAAUAACUAAAAAAACAUAACAAAAACAAAAUUCAAUUCUAUCUCUUCACUUAGAGCAACACCGACAAAACUAGUUACAGAAACAAUACACGACGAACUCAUCUCAUUUAUAAAUCAACAUUUUGGUUAUACAUCCAAUUUUAAUUUAAGUUAAAUAAAUAUCACAAUUACUUAGAACUAAUUUUAUCACCACCUGGACAUUUAUUCGUUAUCGGUAUCACAGAAUCAAGUAUCAUCAUGAUUACCUCAAAAGAAAAACUUGGAGGCUGUUAAUAAAAAAUUAAGAGUGAAAGAGAGAGCAUUUUCUGCAUAAUAGAAAAGUUUAUUUUACCUUUUUAGGUGUACAAAGAAUCUCACACAUGAAAACCAUUUUUUCUCAGUAACUAAAAGGUCCAGCCUUUGAUAAAGAAAAAUUCGUUCCUUUUAUGAGUGAGCCCGUUGGGGGCGUUGUGAGCGACAUACUUUUUGACUAAUUAGUAUAACCAAAAUAUGUUAUUCUGAUUUCCUUCGCUAGUCACGAAACUGACGAGGAAUGAUCCCCAACUGAUAAAUCGCUUUUUCAACGAAACCGACUGGACUAUAGGUAGUCGACGAUGCUGAUUCCGAAUACCACCAUGAAUGCUGCCGCUAGGCCUUCAAAGACCGG